CUGGUUUAUUAAUUAAGAAAACAAGUGUUUUGAUGGCUCCUCGUCUUUACUUAAUGAGCUGAGACUAUAUAGCUACCAUUUAAACACUAAUUCGUACGAGUUGUUCAGGAAAUCCAUUCUUCACUAUUGGAGACAGGACUAUUCAGAUAAGCAUACGACAAGCUUAUAGUAUUGUAUUUUUAUAAUUAUUGCAUUCCUAAAGUUUAGUCAUUUUCACGAUAAUUUAUCUAUAAAGUGUUUUUUUUCCCCCCAGUGUAACCAGUUUGAUUUAUGACAGUUAACGAAACCCAAGACGAAAUGAGACACUCCAUCAAUAUUGUAAUACAAAGAUGAGGACAAUGUCAAUAAAAUGUGUGUUUUUCAAAUUCUACGCUUCAUAUGUUUGGAUAAUACUUUGUUUAAAAGUGUACUGCAAACAGUCGACUGAUAUUAACCUACGUUACUUUGAGGGUGAAACAUUCAACAUUACCUGUGAUAUACGAAACUUUACUAAGCUUCCAGAGUCGGACAACCUGACGUCAUUAGUUUUUCAUGCACAAAACGUCCCACAAGGCAACUUUCUUUUCGCAAGUUAUUGGCCCUUUGGGAGUUCAAAGAAUGGAACAGAUAAGCCGAAACAAUGGAUUGUUUAUUACAGUGGUGGAAACAGCCCUACCAACAGAGAAACUAUUCAAAUAACAGUAACUGUUGUCAGCUUUCAGUCCUAUAAUGCUGGUUCCUAUGGUUGUAUAGCCGAGGUGCCAGGGUACAGCACUGUCUUUGAAUCUGUUCCUGUGAAUAUCACCAUUAAGGAAAAUAUAAAAGAGUUUUUUAAUGAACCAAUUGAAGACAUUGUUAACUCAACGGACGGUACAAUGAAUUUGCCAUCAAAUGAUUCCCACAUAGAGUUUUUUAAUGAAUCAAUGGAUGACAUUUUAGGCUCAACGGACGUGACAAUGAAUUUGCCAUCAAAUGAUUCCCACAUAGUUGCAGGUAUCAGUCACACCAACAUGACUAUUUUAGUGUCUGUGAUGGCCAUCUUCUUUGUCAUCAUAAUUAUCUUUAUCACCUGGUUCAAACGUAAACACAUCGCCCAACUAUUAAAAUUACAAAUAAAUCAAGAAGCAUUGGAACUUGUGGGAACUGUUGACAACUGCGAAACAGCGGACAACUAUGCCAACACAACAGUCAAAACCAUUGCUGAAACUAGUUCUGGAGGCCAGGAUGUCGUUCAAAUGACGGAUAAGCCUAUAGAGGUAGAAUCUCAUACUCCAGAAAAUUCCAACCAGUCAAUGAAAAGGAAGCGACUUAAUUAUAUUGACGUACAAAUCAACCAGGAAACGAAACUUCCCGAGCUGGUGAAAGAGGUUCGUCUCAAGGGAAAGUCGCAUACAGUCAGGUACACGAUUAUUGACCCCGAGGCCACUCUACGCAUGGCUGUGGAGGCGCGUCUGCAGAGUUCCCAAACAGACGAAGAUGAUCACGAGAGUCAACUGUACUGCAACUUUUCCUCCCUUUGUGCCACUUCAGGCGGCAGCCGUGCAAGCGUCAGUGCCGAGGACCAGGUGAACGUGUAUUACAACUGCCAGAUGAUUGUGGCGGAAAGUCGAGAAACUACCAUGAAGAAGGAACAAGACCGCAGUUCGGCAGAAACAUUACAGGAGUGCUGGGAUAGCAAUACAAGCGGCGUGGAGACAGCAAGUGAGUGGAAUGGGUCAGAAACAGAAAAUAACGAGAAUAUAGACAAUAAUCCUCAAUCUAAUACAGAUGGUCUUUACGCUAAUAAUGGGGACACACAGAAGAUGAGCGCUAUCACUGAUAUGCUCUUCACGAAUCUUUAACCAAUGAUUAACUAUGUAUUUCCUUCGACCCCGUAGUCUGUUCGAUCGUUGCGGCCAUGCUAGACCGUCUUUCCCCAUUUGUCUCUGUCUGUUGCUAGGGUAAGAGUCUCUUUUAAUGACGCGCUGUCACGGGUGAAUGUGUGUAUGUAUAAUCUAUUUUUUUUUUUACAAAAGAGCGAAUCACCGGAAGUGUGUUAGUUGUCAAAAGUAAAGAGUGCAGUGUUUGAUAUACCGAAAAGUUGAUUAAAGUUUCCGUGUAUUGAUCUAGUUGUUUUAUUGUUUUAUUCGAUAAUUACAGAGAAGGUAGUUGUCAGAGAGUUAUAAGUAGAUAUAUAAUAGGAAAGCUGUAACACACGCCAUGUCCAUUCCUUGAUACUGUCCUAUCAGUAUCAUCGCUUCUUUUGUGUGCAGAAAGAUCUUUGCGAGCUCUAAAUAAUUAGUGUGUAAUAAUUUAAUACUCGCUUUGUUCAGUUAAAUGUUCAGUGCCGACUAAGGCUACCGAAAUAUUUUUUUAAAUCUGAGCCCAGGUAUUUUUUAAAAGCUUAUUAUAUCAACUCACUCUGUCAGUCUGGUUAAAAGUUUGAACUUUUUUUUUUCUUCCAUUCUCGGAUCAAGUUGAAACUUUGCACAAUUUUUACUUUACUUGUCUUCUCAAACAGGACUUGAAUCGAUCGAAACGAAAAAAUAUUAACUGAUUUGUUCAUUCAUUAUUGGUGAUUGUUUAUUUUGUUUUAUAUGUCAGAAAGGAGGCUAAACCCUACCAUUUUUCAGAUAAAUGGAAGUGAUUAGCAGUUCUUUCCCUUAGAUAAGCUUUGUUUUUUUUUUUUUAAAGUAAUCUUUUUUUGCUUGUUCGACAGUAGCUCUUAUUCAAGCCGUAAAAAAAAUAUAAAAAGGCAUUAAUGCAUCACCGUAACUUUCACCCUGAUAACCCCUCCCCCCUUCUUACCUCCCCUUGUGCCAACUGGUCCAGACUAGCGAUAAGAUCAUAGUACACCGAGGAAGCUAAAAGCUUGAAAUUGCGCUAAAUAAAAACAAUUGGUGAAACUAUUUCUAAUCACACAGAUUUAUUGUUGUUAGUCUUGAUCUAUUACAAAUUUAAUCACAUGUCUGAUGCAAACUGAUAAAAUUAAACUGUACACAACCUU